AUGGCGGGGCAGCCUUCUUCUUCGUCGUCCCGGGGAAGGAGCAGCUCUCCCUUCGGCCACCGGAAACCGUACCCGAGCUCGACGUUCUCCUACACUUCGUCGUCCUCGUCGUCGCUGAUGAAUGGGAGGCUCAUCCCGCGAUCCUCGCCGUCGUCGGUGACCUCUCACCAUUUUGGAAAUGGCGGCGCAAACGGCUUCCCCAGAUCUGCUCCACCGGGGCGCGGACGCAGCAGCGGCAGCUCUGACCACCUGUCCCGCGGGUAUGGGGGCAGGGGAGCUCUCGACUUCGCGUCCACAGAUGAGCAGCUGGGCGAGGCCGCUGGGGACACGCCCCUAUCCGGUGAUAGUAUUGCCGUUACCGUCAGGUUCAGGCCGCUGAGGUAAAUAAGGGAUGCUGUUAGAUCUGGCGGAGUCCUGGAUGAUCUCUCUCUAGUAAAUUGGGAGAUGUGGAUUCCGUUGAGGACUUCAGCAUUGUGAAUUGCAUGCUUGCAGCGAGCGGGAAUUUCAGCGCGGGGAUGAGAUUGCGUGGUAUGCUGACGGUGACAAAAUCGUCCGCAAUGAGUACAAUCCAGCUACGGCUUAUGCAUUUGGUAAUGUGGUCGAGUUUCUUAUACUGUUGCUUUGCACAUUCUUUCGGAUGUCGGGAUUGGAUUAAACAGAAGAAGAUCCAUCCGAGGAAGCAAGAAUAUGCAUGCAUAUGCAAUUUAAAGCUAGAAUUUUGAAAGAAUGUUGCAGAGUAUUCUUUUUGUAAUCUAUGACCAUAAAGUCAACAUAUAAUUAUUUUCAUUAUCAUACAGUCUAUGAGGAAACGUCUAAUUUCAUUUAUGACAAGGGAUUUCAAAUUGUAUCUAAUAUGUAUCUGAAGACGAACUAAGGGAUUGGUCUAUAUGUUUGUAAGGGAGAAGAAUGCAAUCGAACGACCUGUGAGAAUUGUAUGAAUGAGAAAUGAACAUCCCAUACAAUAAGACCUAGGUAUGAAAAUUGAUGUUGUGCUGGUCAGUGGAACUUGGUAAUCAUCAUUUUAUAAAUACUUACAGAAGGAUAAAACACACGAAUUUUUGAUCUUACGAAAUGAACUAGGCUUUUAAUUAGUGUCUAUUGGCGAGGAAUUGUCAAAUCUUUCUUUCUGUUGAAAAUAACUUUAUGCAGGAAGAUUAUACUACGCAUUUGUAACUCAGAACACUUACUUUUAUGAGAAAAAAUCAUUGAUUUGCAGAUCGAGUUUUUGGUCCUUCGACGGCUACAAAAGUGGUCUACGAUGUUGCAGCAAAGCCUGUUGUCAAAGCUGCUAUGGAAGGAAUUAAUGGUGCACAUUUGACUUCAUUUACCAUGCUGUUACUUUGAUAUUGUCUAUUUGUGCUAUGUAAUUCCUGGAAUCGUAUGCAUGCAUGUUUAGAAAUCUGUGGAAGAAGAUGGAUCCGUCCUUUGUUAAUUACUUUGCUGGUUUGUGUUACUGUCUAAUAGAUGAAGAUAAAAAACUGGCCAUUCUGUUUUCUGACUUAAAACUCGAUUUAGUGAGAUGAAAAGAACAGAUUGCCCCCCUUCUUAGCAGUUAACAACUACGGUUAGCAUUACUGUGGAGAAUAUUGUGCUUGAUGUUACAUAGUUCAUUUCUUUCAUAUUUGGUGUUGCUAGCCUCAUUUUUUUUUUCUUUUGACAAAUUUGUUGUGUUGAGAACUGUGCCAUGGUCAGUCAUGCUGAAUUUUGCAGCGAGGAGAUUUUUUUUCUUAUUGUGCAUUUAUGGCAGAUUCGACACUUUUCUUUUCGUUAUAUUUUUAUAUAUUUAUUUGAAACUCGGUUUUCAUUGUGGACUGUGUAGAUAUCUGAGGUGUAUUUGUGAUUCGGGUUAUGGAUGUGCUAGUAUAGAUCCAAAGUAGGCACCAGCUUUGUAUGGCGAUAUUGCCUUCAAUGUUGACUGCACAGAUGGGUAAACAGAAUUAGAGAAUUUGCAGAAUAGAGGGAAACUUGAUGCUUUCUAAGAAAAUGAAUUUGCUUCAUACUUCCAUAAUAUUCCAUCACAUCGGUAGGAUAUCUAUGAUAGAUGGUCAUUGAAAUAGGCUUAUGGUAACGACCACCGUGCUCACGCUGAUCAUAUCAUGUUUCUGUUGAUACUUGACACUGAAAUGACUGGGUCAAUGAUAUCCUUGGUUUAAAACUGAACUACGACCGUUAAUCAUUGCCAAUUCGAAAUUCAAUUUCCAGAGAGCUUAGUUCCAAUAUGAACUAUACAUGCAACAUGCCACACAUUCAUUAUAAUCCGGGACAAUCUCUUCCGUGCCAAAACAAAACCUGUUUCCCUUUGAAAUUCCUUUAUUUUUCCUUGUUUAAUGUAUACAACUCGUGACACUCAUGUAUGUAUCACAAUAUGUCUUUUGUUUGAGCUGGAAAAAGCACAUGUAAAAAGAGAACUUCGUUGGGAAGACGAUAUGCUUAGUUUCAUUGUCCACGAUGAGUAUUAGUUUAAUUGAUUUUCUUUACAGUGCUUAUCUUAAUUUACAAUCAGAUUUCUAAUUGUAUGCUUUUUUAUUGGAAAUACAGGCACUGUUUUUGCUUAUGGUGUGACUAGUAGCGGAAAGACGCAUACGAUGCAUGUAAGUUUACAUUUUUUGAUGUUUAAGCGAAGUGCCAUUACUUUGAACCAGUUAGACAAGAAGGAAUGACUCUUCAUUUCAUUGGGUCCUACAAUAGGCCAUUAUUUCUCAACUGAAUUGUUCAUACAUCUCAAUGAACAUUAAGGUCACUGCACAAUGUCAACCAUUUAUUUGCAUUGGAUUAGGAUUUAUUACUUUUUGAGACAUCUAAAACUGUUAGAAGCUUAUCAAUCUUAUAUUAGUUCUGCACAAUUCUAUGUUCAUUUCAUAUUCAACUGUUGUACCGUUUUAUGAGUGCACCUUCAGCUGCAUUUCUGCUGGGCCUGACUUGCAAUGGAUCCAUCAUAGUCCCUGUCUAUUUACUUGCUGGAGUGGUAGUACUUCGCACAAUGUUAACAUGGUCUUAACAUGUCGUAGCUCACCUUUCUUUCUUGCUUAACCUGCACAUCAUUAAGUAUUACAUGCAAAGAGUACAUUUAUCAUUAUAUCUGAUGACCACAAUAGAUGAUUGGGAUGUGUUUUGGUUGUUUGAUCUUCAUUAUUUGAUGUUAUUUCUAAAACUAGAUAAGUCACCAUAAUUGUUGGAAUGAGGGUGAAGACUUUGCAGAACUUUUCCUCUUCAUUUUUGGUUAGUUAUAAUCUCUAAAUAUGGUCUCUAGUUUUGCCUAUCUUAGUCUUUGUCACAGUGUAACUUUUUUCCUUCUUUUUGAAUAAUGAUUGUGAUUCAGUCAUCAAUAGAGAAUACUUGUUUCUUGUCCAUGCCAAAUUCUUUGUUUCUGCUUAAAAAAUGAUUAUUAUUUUUCACCAUGUAUGUACUACUCUCUCUCUCACACACACGCAUACACGCGCAGUGGGGUUGCAUAUGUCGCUUUGGAUAACUUAAGAACCUCAUUUCUUUGUUUUUUCACUUUGUUAUGAUGAAGGGUGAUCAAGCAUCUCCUGGCAUGAUACCUCUGGCCAUCAAAGAUGUCUUCAGCAUGAUCCAAGAUGUAUGAGUAUUUAUAUCUUUAUCUCUUCUUGCGUUCUCGUGAAAUUUUCUAUUAAAAAAGUGUCUUUUAUUUUGUCUCAUUGUCUGCUGUGAUUAUUUUACGAAGUGAUGGCUGAUUUUCUUUGCAGACUCCUGGACGAGAAUUCCUGCUUCGUGUUUCAUAUCUUGAAAUUUACAAUGAGGUUAGUGUCUCUCACUAAGUUACAUAUUUGCAUUUAAGAGAUAGGAUCUUAUGUAACCCUUGCAUCUAAUGAUUGACUUACGAUGCAGGUCUACAUCUUUCCAUUAUGUAUUAUCCUUGAAGUGUCUUUUUUAUGUGCAUUCGUCUUGUUAGGGCAUUAUAUCAUAAUAAAUCCAUUUUUUAUCUCAUUAAUUGUAUUACUGAAACUUAUUAUUUUGAUAUUUUAAGUAGCUCCAUGUUCCGUCUAUGAAAAUGACUAACUAGUAGAAUAUGUGGUUUAUAGGUGAUCAAUGACUUGCUUGAUCCAACUGGCCAAAAUCUGCGUGUUAGAGAGGAUGCUCAGGUUUGAAGUCUAAAUUGUCUCUCUCUACAUUUUUUAAAACCCGCGAAACGAAUGCUAUCAUGAAAAAACUAAGAGAAAAAAUGACCAUUGCCUUGUUAUAUCCCACCACCAUGUGUGCCCUUUUUUGCCAUGCACAUGCCUUGUAAGUAGCAGAUGGCUCUGGUUAUUUGUGGAGCAUAAAUGCAUUACAGUAGAACUAUUUUGGAUAAAUUCUCAAAAUGAUAUAUUUUAUCAUAGAAGCUCAAUAAGCCUCUUGCAACGUGCUAAUUUUUUUACAGCAGUUUUGAUACAAAAUAUGUACGGAUUUGAUAACUGGAGAAAUUUUUUGUAGAUGGCAAUUGGUAUGAUAUUGUUUAUGUAUUGCUAUCAAAUGCAGGUAUUAAUAUUUUGAUGAUGAAAUGCCAUAUCGAGUUCAUGAUGGUUACACAUCUUCGUGUCAUUGAAUAUUUUUUUGAUAAUCUAGGACGUUGAGAAUGAAUUUCUGAUUUGAAACUGAAAUAUAAUCGUGUAGAUAGUAGAGUGAGGCAUGCUUCCAAUACUCGUGAUCUUGUGUUUAGUAUAUCUUUUAUUUUCAUUUUUUAUAGUAUAAAGCUGCUAUUUGUGCUAUUUGACUUGAUUUGUGUUGAAGAGUUAACUUAGAUAAGAAGUAUUGCAGGGCACAUAUGUUGAGGGCAUUAAGGAGGAAGUAGUUUUGUCACCUGGACAUGCACUUUCAUUUGUCGCUGCUGGAGAAGGUAGUGUACUAAGCUACGAUAUUAUUUAUUAUGUUCUGGUUUCUGCUGUUUUUGCUUUUGUCAAUUUUCCCGUUGUUUUUGUUAAAUUUUUAUGGUGAUGUGUGAUGUUUGCUUCUUUACUAUGUUGUAUGCUUGAAGUCAUUCGUUUCAUGAGUACAAAAUUCGUUGGUAGAAAUGCCAUUUUCUGAUGCUGGUUUUAUCACAUUGUUUCAUGGACUAAACGAUAUCAUUCGAGAUGGAAAUUGUCUGGUGGGCGCUUUAGUGGUCCACUUGGGUAACUGAGUGCCUAGGUUAGGCAUUUUCAUGGUGAAAGUUCACUUGGAAAUGCAUGUUUUACACAAGACAGUUGGCGUAAAUUAAGACAUGGAAUUAGGGAGCAAGAGAGAUUGGAAGGUAUAGAUUAGAUAACUGUCUUCGCUUACGGGACAGUUGGUUCAGUAAUUGCACAAAUAGAUGCGGGCGCUUGUAGCACAUUGCGUACUAUUCUUAUUGCUGCAUCAUUAACAGAGCACUAAAGCCCGUAUCCUGGUGUCGGUGAUUCAACUGUCGUGGUAGUAACAUCAGCAGUUACCUAUAUGGAAGUGUUUCAUGCCAUGGACUUACCUCAUAACAGUUUUCCGGACUGCGUGGGGCAUUGAUGUGCUUUACACAUUAUUUCCCCAUGAAUCGCUGGAACAUUUUAACCUGUCCGUUAUGAUGAUCUCAGCCCUUUGCCAACCUGAUGGGUGUGGCCAUUGUGCAUAAUUUUUUAGGAUGUCAUCCCUACACUGCCUUGCCAACUUGUUCUAACAUCAUCUUCAAUGUUUAUACCUCUGAAAACAGUAGUUUAUCAUUAAUAAUUUUGAGGUGAUUAUUUCUAACAUAUGGAGCCAUAAUGCUUUCCAUUUCAUGACCAUGGCAAUGGAACCUGUGGUUUCACAAUCUGCGAAAUAACCAGCAAGCAUACAGUUCCAAGGAGAAUUUUACUCCAGAGUACUUCAGCUGCCAUUGAAUCAUGUUCUUAGGUGGUAACUUGUUCGGGACAUAUUUAAAAUCCUUGGGAGAUGUAUUUGCAUAUUCAUGUUGAUUAUCUAUUUUGUUUGGAUUCUGUGAACUCAUUUCUGGACAAUGUAGAUGUAAGAGUCCACAAACGAUCACGUCCUUCAAGUUGCACAUUGCUUUCUAUCACAUCGUUUCAAACGAAGUUUCACCAUAACAUUCCUCUAUUUCGAACCGGGUUGGAAUUUGAUUCAAUAUGGAAUUACGAAUAGUCAUUGGCUCACUUUGUACUUUCUUCUAUUAAUCAGAGUCUUUACUGUAAAUGGAUUUUUCUACUUGAUUUAUUUGUAUCUGUUUAGCCGUUUGCAUUUACAGAUGUUUUCCUUGUGCUAUGAACUGCAGAGCAUCGUCAUGUUGGCUCCAAUAAUUUUAAUUUAUUGAGUAGCAGAAGUCAUACAAUCUUUACUUUGGUAAGUGCCUAUUAAUUACAGCUGUGCUUUUCUUAUCUUGUGUGUUUUUAAUCGAUUCUUUGUUAAAAGUUCAUGCAUGAUGUAUUUAAUUGGUAUACCAGUUGAAUAUAUUUUUUGUGAAUCCUCUCAUACUCCAAAGUUAUUCAGGUUAAUCUGUUGUGAAGCAUAUGACAAACUGCAUGUGCACAGAAAAUGACUCAGCAAGUAAAUAAGUCUGGUGAUGUAAAAUUAUUGAGCCUCUUUCUUAGUUUUGUGCCAUGGAAUUCGGGCAUGACUCGUUUAAUUGGCGGAUUUAAGUUCACGCUACUGAUGAUGGAAGCAAUGUAGUGACAAUGGUGUAAUUUCAUUCAAGGCUGUUCUCUUGUAGUGGAGGCUAUGCAAGAUGGCAAGAUAUUCCUGCAAGUAUUGUUAAUUUUUCUGGAAAAGUAGAUAUCUUAAGAAGGUUGGCUCACUAUCUUUCGUGGAAGAUUAAAAAGAUCUAUCAAACGUGUUUAGAGAUAGGCACUGUGCGAUUUAAUGAUCUCUUGGUUUCAACCACACGUUCCCAUUUGUUUUUGUGGCUGCUGUGAAGGUUACAGGUUUGUGGACUAUGUUCUCUGUGAUCGUUCCUUUGGGAUUGUCAUGCCUGUUCUGAUCCACCAAUUUGAUCUGCUCUAGUUCACUAGUUCAUGAGUAUCAGCAACCUAGUGAGACUAAUUAAUUUGAUGAUAUGUCCUAAUUCAAACUGUUCAUCAGCUGGAACUUCAACUAAACCUUGUGACCCAAUUAUCAAGUGGCGCUAGGCUUAUUCUGGCCGUAUAGUCCUUAAAUAGAAGAAAACACAUAAUUUGUUUCAAUUAUUGUGAUCUCCUCAAGGAUUGUACACACUUUGCUAGCGUAUGGGGAGAUGCCACAAGCCUCGUUGAAGUGCGAAGCAGGAAGAUGACAGAGUAAAAUCAUACUGGGAAUAUUAUAAUCGUGUUUCACAUCUUAUGUCAAUAAAUUUUUUCUUCAAAUAGUGAAGUGCGUACAAUAUAGGGUCAAUGUCUUGUAAUGUGGCCUUCUUUUUAAGUGCUGAUGGUCAAUCAUGAUGAACCUUAAAUGAAGUUAAGCCAGUUUUCAGUUAGAUAAACCUAAUCUAUAUCGGUCCAUUGAAACUCCAAAUACAUUAAGAAGAGGAAAAUGAGAAAGAAUGAAAACUAGAGAAAAUUAUACACGUUCUAAAUGAUGGAAAAUAUAGAAAAAGCAGAAAACAUCAACUAAUGAUUGAGGAUCUCUUAAUACCUAUGGGACUAUAAGUGUGACCUGAAAGAUCAUCUUUGGUUCAGUUCUAACUUAGGGUGCUGAUUUUACAGAGACCAAUGAUUUAAUGCGGCAUGGGAAUGAUUCAUCUUCCCAUUCUGUUCCCUGAUUUUGAUUGGUGGAAGUCUUUGCUAUGAGUUGUGAUGAGGGACAUAUGCUAGGAGGAAUGAUGCAAUUUAUGCUCAAGUUCGAAGAUUUACAAAUUAUCAUUGACAAGGCAGUCAUGCCUUUCUCACUCCCUUCUUUCAGACCCUUCUUCAUUUUCAUUCACUUGUGGCACUAUUUCAGUAGUAUAGGUGCUUCUGUGCCAUGAGGUACGACCAUGGAAGUAAUUAAAAAUAAGUUCUGUAGUUGGACUGUCUUCUACGUCCCUCGAUUAUUUGCUUUUUCCAAGGGAAUGAAGAUUCGGGGACUUCAUUCUUUUCUGUUAACAAGGAUUGAGGGCUAAACGUUCAUUGUUCCUCUCUCUUGUAUUUAGUAUCCUGCUAGAUGAGUAGAGAAACAUUUUAUGAUCUAUCUUUUUAUUUUUUUAGCUAUAUUCAGCUACUUGUAUCUUUGUUUUUAACAGUAGAUAAAAUUAUCUCAAAACGAAAAAUGGUUAUUUGAUGAAUAUGAUCUAUUAUUUGCACUUAUGGCAGUGUUUAGUUUCUCAGUUACCAAUGUUAUUCUCUAAUUCAUUUUAAGUUUGGUUAUCUUUGUAUUCAAUUUAUGUUUUGCUUUGUGCUUUUUUCUACAGAUGAUUGAAAGCAGUGCUCAUGGGGAUGAGUAUGAUGGAGUGAUAUAUUCUCAACUUGUAUGUUCAUAGUCCUUUCAUUAACAUGAUUUUACACAAUAGUACUAUUGGUAAUACAAAACCUUACCUAUUUUUGUGCUCUCCAGAAUCUGAUUGACCUAGCUGGAUCUGAGAGUUCAAAAACUGAGACGACUGGUUUGAGGAGAAAGGAAGGGUCAUACAUCAACAAAAGUCUUUUAACAUUGGGAACUGUACGCUCUAAUUUCCUUUCUCCGUCUAGUUUUCGGUAGUCUAAGGCCAUUGAGUUUUUUCUUAGUUGCAGGAGAUGAUACCUUCUGUGAUAAUCUAGAAAAGACAAUUAUUCCUUUUUAUCCUUUUAUAAUAUAUUAUUUGAUGUGAAUGCAGUUUGUAGCAAUCGUUCUUAAAUACACUUGCGGCAUUAGGACACUGAAUAACACCAUUUUUUGAGUAAAUCAUGCCCGGGAAGCUAUUUCUGGCUAAUUUUCUCUAGACGCCAUCUUCUAUAUCACAGUCGUGCUCUUUUAUCUUUUGGAUUUUAUGCCUUUUUUUUGUUGACUUUGUCUGAUAGAAAUCUUGAUCUUCAAUUAUAAGGUAAUUGGAAAACUGAGCGAAGGCAAAGCUUCUCAUAUACCUUAUCGGGACUCAAAACUUACUCGCCUUCUGCAAUCCUCACUUAGCGGACGAGGACAUGUGUCAGUGAGUAUGCUUGGCAAUUUUUUAGUUUCGGAAAAGUAGACCCUGAAAAUGUAAUUGAAGCAUAUUUUAAAUUAUUGAUGCUCUUCCAGCCCUUUAGCAAUUCUGUCGCAUAGCAUGUAUUUUUUUUCCCUGGGUUAGUAAGUGUCUAUCAAUUCAAAAUUUUACAGCUCAUCUGCACAGUUACUCCUGCAUCUAGCAACAUUGAGGAAACGCAUAACACCUUGAAGUUCGCAAGCAGGGCUAAGCGUGUUGAGAUUUAUGCAUCCCGUAAUAAGGUAAAAUAUUCGCACUAACUCCAGUCUCUAGGUCAAAGUGAUAUCAAUGGUGGAGUUGGUUAACUUGAGAAAUGUAGUGACUUUUUAAGAUCUUUUGAUUCUCAGAUUAUUGAUGAGAAGUCACUGAUCAAAAAGUAUCAAAGGGAGAUAUCCAGAUUAAAAGAAGAACUUGAUCAACUGAAGAAAGGUAUGGUUGUUGGCAUCAAUCAGGAGGAGAUCAUUACUUUGCGUCAAAAGGUAUUCUUUUCCUCCGUGUCAAUCAUCUAAACUUGGAGAAGGCUAUAAAUCUUAAUGUACUCAUUCAGCGUUUUGCUGUGUUUAACGCUGUUGUGUCUGCGAAACAGUUGGAGGAAGGCCAAGUAAAAAUGCAGUCUCGUCUGGAGGAAGAAGAGGAAGCGAAAGCUGCUUUGAUGAGCAGAAUCCAAAGACUUACCAAGCUUAUACUUGUUUCUUCCAAGAACACAGUUCCUGGAUGUCUGAGUGACGUACCCAGUCAUCAACGUGGAAAUUCUUUUCGAGAUGACAAUGUAAGUCCUUGAUUAAUUUGCGAAACUUUUUUCGUGAAAUUCUUGAUGUGGUUUAAUUCUCUAUUUUGUUUCAUCCAAAUUGCUGCAUCCCACAUGGGAAAAAAAAAGGUUUUUUGUCAGAAAAUCAGUUGGUUUGUCUUAUGUCCUCACUUGUGUCUGUUCCUCCCAUCUGGAGAACGAAACCCAAUGUGUUUACAGGGCGAAAGUUUUGCUGAACUGUUUAGAUCGUUUCAACUUAAGUAACGAUCUUUCCACUCCCAGUUGAUUGAGUACCCUAGACUGUUUAGAACCUGCCUAUUAAGUUGAUUUUUAACCUUGUUUAAACUGAAUCUGACAAUUCCUAGCUCGUACAUGUUUUAUGGUUGAACAACUAGGUAGCUGAAUCCAGUUGUUGCUUGGUGAUUCUGAUAAGAAUUGCAUUGAUUCAAGAUUGGACGUAUAUUUUGGUGAUUUUGGCCGAUUUAUGUGUGAUCUAUGUUCAUUUUGAUGGCUAAGCCAAUUCAUAUAUCUUGAAAUCUUUGGUCUCUUUUAUUCUUUAUGACUAAAUCGUGUCUACUCUGAAAUAUCAAACCACAGCUGCAUAUUUUCAGAAUUAUUUACUCUUGAUAGGUGACAAACUCUGAGCAGAGUUUUUUCUUGUUUAGUUGUCUCUAUCUUGUGGAAUAAUGCAGAAUCUCAUGAUAUCCUGCCACAUCUAUUUUGUUUAACCAUGCAGUUGAUGCAUGUAUCCAGUUAUCGCAAGGGAUUUGUGAGGUCACCCGUAUAGAGUGCACAGCAGAGCAAAUCGAACUAUUUUGUUUCUUUUACCUAUUCUCCUCCCAUUUUUCUAUCACAUAAAGUUGGUUCAAUCAUGUUAUUUGCAUUACUCGGGGAAAGAUGUUAACGUUGCAUCUUAAUUUAGACUUUUUUUACUUUUUUGGUGUAGAAAAUUGAUAUUAUGAGUGGGGAAUCCCCGUUGGCAAUUGGAAGCAUCGCUACUGAUACAGAUCCUCUAUCCUCCGUUCUUUUGAGCAACGUUAGUACUCAAAUGUCUUCUGACAAAGCGAAUGAAAAUCAAUCCUCAGCUAGUAGUCAGGUUGCUGAAUCAUCUCAAGGAGAAAGAUUGGCCGGCACUUAUGGUGGUUUCAAGAUCCAUGCAGUACGUGGUUUUAACGUCUUGCAUCUUUCCAUAUAUUUACUCAGUCACAGUGGGAAUGCUUUUAUUUUUUGUUAACAACCAAAUUCUCGGAUAAUAACUUGAAACCAAACAUGUACAUUAUAAAAGCGUCACAUAUCAUAUAUUCACAUUAAUCUUAUUUUUUUUUAUCGACAUCUAACUCAUCUAUUGAAUACAUAUCGUUGCAUAAAAAAUGCACAUUGCGCUGCCUUUUUGCUUUAGCAUGCAUUAAUAAUCCCCUUUUAUGGCCAUGAUGCAUGCUGUUGUGAACUCUAUUAUUAUGCUUACUUUCCUUCGACAACUAUUUGAUUAUAUAGUCUCAUCGGGUAUUGUUUACAUUAAUUGGUAAUCCCAUUGCAAAGGGUCGUGGCAUUCGAGACAGUUUAUAUCUUCUGGAUGGUAGUAGUGGCUGGAUAGUUUGCAAAAUUAGGACCAAGUUUUUCAUAGAUUACCAAACAGUUUAAUUGUGAGAAGGGUAAUUCGAAUUUUUCUACUCCAUUCCGUUCUUCGUCUAACCAUUCUGGAGCAGAAGUGUAGGUCACAUAAUUGACCAAAUAGGUAAGUUUUUUGGCAAACCCAAGUCAAGUCAACGCCUCAUGGUAAAGUUGUUGUUAUCAUCCCCAUCAGUUCUAGGGAAAGUACCUUAGCUACCGUGCUUCAUAAAGCAAGGUGUCUGGUUAAACACACGUAAGCAAGAGUCAUGGGGGCAGGUGGGCAUGCAUGCUUCUGAAGUAACUCUGAGAGUUUAUCAACAAUAUUUGGAUUCUGUCGUCAUACAAGGAUAACAUUUCAUUCCGGAACGUUUCCUAAUACUUUGGAAGAUACUCUAGUUUAUUAGGGACCCGCUAUGAAACAUUCUAUAUUCCCUAUUGUGAACCUCUUUAUUGAUCUCUCCGACGAGUUUAGACAGAUAACAUUGCAGGUAUAUGUAUAAAACAUCCCUCCGUUUAUUUCAUAUUGUGGGGAUUUUUAAUCUCUUUUUUUAUGGAAUGCAUUUUUUCCCCUUCUGACCCUUACCUAGUUUAUUUACUUUUGACUUUUGUGUUAAUGUGCAAUCUUUGAUUAGUCAACAUCGAGUAUAAAAAGAAAAACUAAUCACCGAUGUAAUCAUGAAUGGAUCUUAAUAUGUUAAUUCCACUUAUCUGAAUUUCCUCAUACGGCUUUCCAAGAGUUGAUUCUUUUCUAUUUCUUCUCUUACUACCGAAAAUUCCAGCCCGGGAUGACUGCGUCAGACCAGAAGGAUCUACUUAUGGAGCAGGUGAAGAUGCUUGCCGGUGAGAUUGCGUUCAGCACGAGUACACUGAAAAGGUUAAUCGAGCAUUCCGCAGACGCUCCUGAUGCCUCCCAAACUCAAGUAUGAAUUAUCAUGUCGGACGUUUUAGUACUCAUGUGGCGUGCUGUUGAUUUUAACGAAGAGGGCAUCACGUGAGUUGCAGAUACAAAGCUUGGAGCACGAGAUACAAGAAAAGCAGAAGCAAAUGAGCGCCUUGGAGGUCCAGAUUUCUGAAAUCAGUGAGACCGCAGCGGAUAAUGCAUCACUCCUGGACUUGCAACACGUAAAUGCUCCUACUCUUUCCUUUUUUUAGAAUUUUUUUUUUUUUGACUUGUUUAGUUUCAUGGGAACAGUUCUUCUGAAUGAAACUAUCAAUUUUUAUUCUGUGAAUCAGAAGGUGAUGAAGCUAAUGACUCAGUGCAGUGAGAAGGGCUUUGAGCUGGAGGUAAUCGUUCCUCUUCUGACACUUUAUAUAGCUACCUGUUCUAUCCGGCUUUAAGCGAUUCUUCCGAAUGUAUGCUAUAAGAAGAAGACACAGUUUCUCAUAAAUUACUCUCCGUUGACAGCUUAGGACCGCUGACAACCGCAUUCUCCAGGAUCAGCUUCAGGAGAAGGUUGCUGGCUGCACUUAUGUUUCCUUUUCUAUCUCGUCCAGGUUCUUUGAUUUGGCUGCAAUGCUUCCAAAAGGGGGUUCUAUUUACUCUCCCGUUUUCCUCAUCCCCCGUUCUGCAGUGUUCUGAGAACAAAGAGCUGCAAGAAAGGGUGCGCCUUUUAGAGCAGCAGUUGGGUUCAAUCAAGGAUGACAGAUCGUCGGUCGCCUUUGACGGGUUUUCAGAAAUUGACGAGCUCAAGAGACUUCUUGCCUUUCGGGUGAUUUUCUUUGAACCCCAUUUAAUUCCUUUUUUUUCCGAAGAAAUUCUGUAUUAUCUGUCCAGAUCUGACUCCACUUAUGCUGGUUGACUCUACUGUGCCGACUUUUUUUCAUCAUUCACUGGUUUGUCAACGCCUUCACGCAUGCUGAAGUCAACACCACCAGAUUGACAUCUAGUCUGACUUUUUACCCCCAUGGUGUCUGAUUAAUCGGCUCGGGCUAAAAACAGAAUAUUUUUUUUAAUACACGAGUAAAUAUGAUCUUGUUAUCUUUGCCUUUUGAUGAACAGAGAAAUGUUGCUUUAUGAACGGAUAUCUACGUUUUUUUUUCUUUUUUUUUCUCCAGAGAAAAUCAGUUUUUGUAGACCUCCAGGGGUAGUUGUCUCGCUUUCUCUCACCUGCGCGUGCCCUGCCCGUGACAGGAUUCUGAGAACGAGAAGCUGGACCUGGAGAGACUUCAGCUCGUGGAAGAGAACACGGGGCUGCGCAUGCAGAAUCAGGACCUGGCCGAGGAGGCUGCUUAUGCGAAAGAGCUGGCUUCUUCAGCCGCCGUGGAACUGAAAAACCUGGCCGAAGAAGUCACCAAACUCUCGAAGCAGAAUGCCCGGCAAGCUAAAGAACUGAUGGCCGCUCAAGAGAUGGCGUACCAGAGAGCCGGGCCCUUGCCGCCCGGCCAUGGCACCGGCAGGCAUAGCAGGAGAGGCAGAUCCACCAGCAGAGGCCAGGAGUUCCUCGGCGGCGCCGCCCAUGACGACUUGGAAGAGAUGAGGGCGGAGAUGGCGGCGAGGAAGCAGAGAGAGGCGGCGCUGGAGGCGGCGCUUGGGGAGAAGGAGGCCACCGAGGAGGAGCUACGGCGGAGAUACGAUGAAGCAAAGAGGAGGGAGGCGGCGCUUGAGAACGAGCUCGCCGGCAUGUGGGUCGUCGUCGCGAAGCUGAAGAAGGGGGCGGCGGCGGCUCUGGGCGGCGCCGCCGCAGAGCUGAGCGCAGACGAGAGGCCCAACCACGGCUUCGACCCCGCCAGGUGCCUGAAAGAGAACAACGACGAGAACAAGGAGACCGUCCUGAGGGAGAUCCCCGUCGUGGACGCGUCCCUGAAGCAGGUCAACGGGCAGCUGAAUCAGAACUCCGAGCUGGAGCCCCUCCUCUCCCGCCUCAAGGUAAAAGGUCAACCACCUACUUUCAUUACAGAAGUAGCGAGCUUGACACGAGGUUCCUCCUCCAGGCCCGGAUACAGGAGAUGAAGGAGAAAGACACCGAACCCGCCUGGGAUGGCGAUGCCAACUCUCAUGUACGUAAAAUCUGCUCUCAUGAAACGCCGCUGCCGUCGCCGCCGCAACUGCUGACCCCGUUUUCCGUCUCAGAGUGUAGGCCUUGCUCCCUUGCCUGCGCUGAGCACCCUCUGUGCCGGGCGGAGACUGUAGAUAGAAGAAUCCUUACCUACAACCACUACAACUACUGCGACUACUACAAGGCGUGA